GUCCGUCUACAUGCAAAUAUUAAAAUUGUAUUGAUUUGAUCGUUGUCAUUUGAGCCGUGUUUCUGUACCUUCCCAGCUCUAAUCUAUGGCAUAGGAAAGGAAUUUUCGGAUAUAUGUGAAAUUUUAACCUUUCGCCGGACUGUAGUUGUGUGUGAAAAUGACGAAGGACCGUCUGGCUGCUUUGAAAGCGGCUCAGAGUGAUGAUGAUGAUGCUGACGAUGUCGCCGUUACCGUGGAUACCGGGGGUUUCAUGGAGGAGUUCUUUGAACAGGUUGAAGAGAUCCGGGGGAUGAUAGACAAAAUAUCUUCAAAUGUCGAUGAAGUCAAGAAGAAACAUAGUGCAAUCCUGUCGGCACCACAGACCGAUGACAAAAUGAAAGAAGAAUUAGAAGACUUAAUGUCAGAAAUCAAAAAGAAUGCUAACAAAGUGAGAGCCAAGUUAAAAGUUAUCGAACAAAAUAUUGAACAAGAGGAGCAUUCCAACAAAUCGUCAGCAGACCUCAGAAUUAGGAAAACACAGCAUGCCACGUUAUCACGCAAAUUUGUUGAAGUUAUGAACGAUUACAACGCAUGCCAGAUCGACUAUCGGGAGAGGUGUAAAGGCCGCAUCCAAAGACAGUUGGAGAUCACUGGCAGAACAACAACCAAUGAGGAGCUGGAGGAUAUGCUCGAGUCUGGUAACCCGGCCAUAUUCACCCAAGGGAUCAUCAUGGAGACGCAGCAAGCGAAACAAACAUUAGCGGACAUAGAAGCCCGGCAUAAUGACAUCAUCAAGCUGGAGAACAGUAUACGAGAGCUGCACGAUAUGUUUAUGGAUAUGGCCAUGUUGGUAGAACAACAGGGGGAGAUGAUAGAUCGGAUUGAGUACAACGUGGAGCAGGCAGUAGACUACAUAGAGACGGCCAAGAUGGACACGAAGAAAGCUGUCAAGUAUCAGAGUAAAGCCAGACGGAAAAAGAUUAUUAUCAUAAUUUGUGUCUUUGUUCUAUUGGCCGUUAUCGCACUGAUUGUUGGAGUGACAGUUGGCACCGGAUAGUCGUCGGCCUUCACCUUUCCUUCCUGAGUUAUGUCAUGUUUGUCACACUAUUUAUUGUGCUCAUGUCACCAUGGUAACAAGAAGGAACAAAGACUCUCCUAGAGCCUUCAGUGAUCGGAGGUCUCUGUCCCAGAAAGCUCUCAGUUGUGACUUUAUAUUCAGUUAUGUGAAUGUGGCUGACAUUAAGAGACUAGAAAACGCCUUUCCACGUUCACGAUACAUUCCUUGACAUACUAGCACUAUAGCUUUUGUAAAAUAUUUCCAACACCAGAAUAAUAUUGACUGAAAUAUCCAAAAUUGUUGAUGGGCCCCAAAAUAUCAUACUAUUUCAACUCAAAUAUUCACAAAAGAAAUCUCUUCUUAAAUUUGGAAUGUUUUUUUAAUAUUUCUGCAUGUUAUGUUUGCUGUAGCUAUUUUAAUAAACAAAUUGGAAAUACAUUGCAACUAAGGUCGGUUCUAAACACAACAUCCGUGUUUGACAUUAACUAAACAAUAACUAAUAGAAAACAUUCCUCCGUCUAUUGAGUUCAUCUGAAACAAGGGAUUGCAUUGUAUCCCCGAGUAAUGACCACUUCCUACUCAGUAGCUACCUCACUCACCCAUGACAUCUGAAUGUAAAGUCACAAUGUUGGAGUAUCUCAACCAGUCACUUUUUUACCACUUUUACUUUGUUACACUGAGUUUUACCCAGACUCUGAUAUUUGUAUGUCAUUCUGAUCACAACUGGAUGUAAAUCAUAUUGUAAUGCAGCUCAUAGACUGCAUCCCAUGGAGGCACCGGGCAUGUAGAAGUAAUGGAAGUGUCCUCGUUCUGUUGACUGUGUUAUGAUGCAUGGAAAAAUUCAAAUUCAUUUGUUUUCAGCACUCUCUGCUUGUGUUAAAUUUAAGCUGAACCAGAAAAGUUAGGGACCAGAAUAUUUUUUGGGAUAUUGUUUUGUGGUGGAACCACACAAUUUUAUUAAAAUAUCUUGAAUAUUCAUGAUCCUAAACAUUUUUGUCAGAAUAGAUAUUUUUGCUUAAAUUUAUGUGAAUUUGUUUAAUUACAAAUCACCAGAAUCCCAAUAUCAGGGACACCUCCAUUAUUUCUGCAACACCUCCCUUUCGAUGUGCCUGAAUGAGAAGCAUAUUGUGUGCUAUAAAUAUAUUUUAGAUAUUUCUGUACAUUUUGAUUUAAAUGUAUUUUUCUGUUCAGCCUGAAUAACUAGCACAAUGCUGGAUAGUUUACACAGAAUACAUUACAAUUGAUUCGAGAGCCAGACUGAAUCAACUUAAAACAGAUUUGUCUUAUCAAUGAGAUUUUAUUUAGUUAAACCUCUAGAAACUUUGGGAGUAUCUCCCGGUAAAUAGAUCUUCAUUUAUUAGGCCAGACUAAUAAAAUGUCAAAUUUCACACGUUUUAAAAAGGUUCACUAAACUUAUUUCAACCAAGGGGUAGAAAGCAUCUACUUGUCCUUUUGGUAUAGUGUCAGUUAUCGGUAGAUAUCAUUUGACUAGACUUUUUAAGUUUUGAGUUAGGUAUUAGUUAUUUGAUUGGUUGGAGAAAACAAGUUUGAUUGUGGACUAUGGUGCUUGUGUUAUUGAGGUUGUACAGAUGUACAGUUUGUAGUACAGUGUACAGUCUAAGGUACACUGUAUACUGUGGUACUGUUGUGUAGUUUCUCCAUUGCUCAUUGUGUACCUACUUGUUGAUUGUUGAUUUACUGUUUUACACGUUUACUGUACAGCACUGUACAGACAUGUAGCCAUAGCAACCAAAUGUCACAAUAGACCCACAAUAAUAACCAUAGUAACAACUCUGCAAGGAUGAUGACUGGGGGCUCGAUGUGUCCAUAUUGGCAUGGCUGACGACAAUUCGUUUUCUCCUAAACUAAUAAAUGUAAGAGGCCUCAUGACAGGUUUUACCGCUUUUCCAUUACAACAUUUCAUCCAAGUAAAACCCUUAAAUACAACCUCAGAAUCACUUGUUAUCAAAAUUUAACAAAUCAACUAUUUUCAAAUUCA